AUGUUUACAUUAAUAUUAUUAACACUUGUUUGUUCUGUUUUAGGAAAUAGGCAUAUUCUUGAUACACCUUGUAUGUCAGAUUUUGUUGCAGUUAAUUUAAAUUCUCCAAAAAUUAUUGUCAAUGAAAUUAAGUACUGUUAUGACAAAAUUCCUGAUUUUAAUGUAUCAGUUCAUGGACAUAACAUCAAAUCAGAUUGUUAUAUAAGUGAACAUUUAAUUAGAGUUAAUAAAAGUUCAAAUAGUAUUAAUAGAUGCGGUGAAUGGCUUGAAGUUGUAGGUCCAUCACAAAACCCUGUUGUGUGUAUGAUCGCUGGUUCAGUUAGUGUUACUAUUAAUGGUGCUAACUCUCAAAUAUAUAGUAGAAUUAUUGGAGUAAGAAAUUCAAUAUUCAGUCAAAUUACUAUAUCUAGUGGAACUUCAUCACUAUUAAGUCAAGUAACAGUGGCAGAGUCUGAUUUUGAUUUAAGGAUUAAUCCAUCUUUAUAUGUUUUAAGUAAAAAUGAUAGCCAUUCAAUAAUUCAAUUUAUUGACCAUAAUAGACCACCAGAAAAAAUAGAAAUUAUUGAUGGAGAAUUAAAUGAAGAGAUUAAAAUUAAUCCUGAUGAUACAUUUACUAUUCCAUUAUUUCCAUAUGCUAUUAAUAUUUAUCUUAUUUCUUUUGAUAGUGAAAAGAUUGAAUUUAAAGGAAUAAACUUACAUGCAAUCACAAGAUAUUCUACUGAUGAUCGUUUCGUUUCUUAUAAUUUAAGAAGUUGUAAAUAUUUAGCUGAUACUCAAAUGUUUGAGGAAGGAAAAAAUUACAGUAAUGUUCUUCCUAUUUUUAGAUGGAGGAUGUAUUAUAUUGACGAUAAGGAUAUCGCCACUGGUUUUCCAUUAACUGAAUCAAUAGUUCAAUUUAACACACCAUCAGACCCUGUUUCUACAUGUUUCUUAUAUGCAACACCUUUACAACUGAACCAAGAUUUUAAAGAAUUACGAAUGGACUUUAGAUGUAGUGACAUCAAUUCUUAUAAAUUUAAUACAACAAAUUUAUAUUAUACUGAUACUAUAACAUCUGUAGACAUAAAAAAUGCUAAAUUAAUUAAUUCAGAUUUACCAACCAAAUAUUAUUUUGACAAAGAUGGUGAAACCAUUCAUAUGAAAAUUGCUUUUGAUGCUUCUUCUUAUCAAUAUUCUAACUUUAUUAGAAUUAUUCAUUCCGUUCCUAUUGGUACUACUUUGUCUCUUAAAAGCGUUUAUUUAAUUCGUUCUAAAGCAAAUGACAACCAAACAGAAUGCGAUCAUACUACUUUUGACUGUCAAUUUACUGAAUGUACUAUUACAACUACUUCAAGUGCUAGUCCAUGGAAAGAAGGUUGCCAACCAACUUGUGGAAAUUGUAGAGUAGGAUAUACAUGCUCUGAACAAGGUUUUUGUUUAAAAGAACAAAACUUGAAUCAAAGAAGUGGAUGUUUAAACAUUAUUAUCUCAACACUUAUUGUAGCCCUUCUUUUUGUGCUUUAA